UUUAAGUUGUUUUUUCAAGCGAGUGAAAGGACACAGUAAUGUCAUUGGUUGCACCCACUUUACGUCUCCGACAUAAUGCGUGGAACUGUUUUGAUUGGACACUUUACAAAAACAACCUUCCCCAUUCGAUGCUUUCCACGACACCCCACCCACCCCUGUCAAUGAAUUGUUUGUAUUUAUUCUGGCGGAAAAUAUAAUACUGGACUUGUUGCCUGUCAUCAUGGAAGGGCAUUUGAGGUUGUCUGUGUAUCUUUUGAGAAGAAAGAGAGCCCGGCAGUUUUGUGAUAACUGUAACAAUAUUGUUUCACAUGCCAAUUUUUAUCAUCACAAAAAAAUGUUUUUUCAUAAUGGAGUUUGGAUCAAAGAUGCUACAACCCAAGACAAGUCAAGAGUGGAAAAAAAAUAUUGAGUUAGAAGAUUGAUCCAUCAGAAGUGGAAAUUGCAUGGGAUGUCCCCUUAGAGAACUUUAGCAGCCUAGAAAAAGGAAAUCUGUGCAUGCCUGAGGAAGACAUGCAUUUCAGUGAAAAUCCAGACUCACCAGAAGGACUGCUUACUUCACCAUCAGUUUCUGAUGAUAUGUAUGGCACAUGGGAUGAUUCAUGUGCCACAUCCCAGUCUUCUGCUGGAUCUCAGCCACUGUUCUAGAGAGAAUGUUGGGUGAAGCAGAGAGUGGAGAGAUCCCCAAGACUCUGACUCAAAUGUUUACACACUUCCUGAUCUUUCAGAUUAAACACAAGGAUGAAAAGUACCAUCAGAAACAUGACCCUGAUCCUCAGCAGACCAGAGAGAGUAUCCUGGCACUGGGGAAACUGGCUUUCCAGCAGCUGGAGAAAGGAAACCUGAUCUUCUAUGAGGAAGACCUGAGAGAGUGUGACAUUGAUGUCAGAGAAGUGUCAGUGUACUCAGGAGUGUGUACCCAGAUCUUCAGAGAGGGGUUUGGGCUUCACCUGGGGAAGGUGUUCAGCUUUGUACAUCUGAGUGUUCAGGAGUUUCUGGCUGCUUUAUACGUGUUUUUCUGCUUUAAAUUUAGAGAGACAAAUGUGCUUGUGGAGCAAAGCACUGGACUUUUUAAUUUCUUCAGAAAUCCAAACAUGUCUGAUCUCCUCAGGAGUGCAGUGGACAAGGCCUUACAGAGUGAGAAUGGACACCUGGAUCUGUUCCUCCGCCUCCUUCUGGGUCUCUCACUGGAGUCCAAUCAGACUCUCUUACGAGACUUAAUGCCACAGACAGGAAGUAGUUCUCACAGCAAACAGGAAACAGUGGAGUACAUCAAGGAGAAGAUCAGGGAGAAUCCAUCUCCAGAGAAAUCCAUCAAUCUGUUCCACUGUCUGAAUGAACUGAAUGAUCAUUCUCUAGUGCAGGAAGUACUGACUUACAUGAACAGAAAAAAAUACUUUUGUCUCAGUGGAUCCAGACUCUCUCCUGCUCAGUGGUCAACUCUGGUGUUUGUGUUACUGACCUCAGAACAGGAGCUGGAUGUGUUUAAUUUGAGUAUAUAUGAUCCAUCAGAUGAAUGUCUUCUGAGACUGCUGCCAGUGGUCAAAGCCUCCAGAAAAGCUGAGUGAGUAUUUUUAUUUAUAAAUGUAUUACUGCAUGGUUUGUUAUUUUAAUGUAACACUGAACUGCACUGUUUGGAUUAAUGCUUGUUAAUAGUUCCUCUAAUCCUCUUUAAACAAACCUCUGGUACUUUUACAGAAGAUUGUUUCACUUUUUACACUAACACGUCAUGUCUGCACUGAGGGCUGGGACAAAUGGACAAAAUUUUAUGGAUUAGGAUAUAUGUAAUGAUUGGCCAGAGGUGUAUGGUGUAUCCAUUUGCGGUUUAUUAGAAGCAACAUCAGGCAGAAUCGAAGUCAAAAACAAAUGCGGGUCAAAACCGGAAAAAAACACUGAAGUGAGGAAAACAAAACCGAAAGCGCAAAACGAAGUGAGAAGACAAAAAAGGCAGGCACAAUCAUACACAGAAACACUUAUCAGAGACGACGCAAGAUCAGAAGUCGGGAACCAGGCAAGAAUCAUACACAAAACUUAACAAUAGCAAUGAAUGCUCAGUAUGUCAUAGGAGGAUGAUAUUACGUGACAGUCAUUGUGUGAGUGCGGUUUAUAUGUCCAUGGGAAACAGGAAGUGAAUCACAUGAAUAAUUAGUUUUCUGGGGAAGGUUCUCUUUGAUGUACAAGUUCAUGUUGGGAUGUUACAGCACCCCCCCCUCUAGGAACACCUCCCAGUGUUCUAUGACGUGGUCUACCCUGAGGGUGGGGGCAGGGUGGCCUGGGUGUGCCAAAUGGAAGUCCACCAUCAAGGAGGGGUCAAGGAUGUCAGUAGAGUCCACCCAAGAGCAAUCUUCUGGGCCGUAGCCCUCCCAGUCA